CACAUUGCAGAUUUCUCUCGUCAGCUAUAGAGAGAGAGAGAAUCGAAAAAUUGAAAAGUCUAGACUGGGAGUAACCCAUAUGAGACGUUCACGUAGGUCCAACAUUUCUGGGCAAUUACCAGUUGAAAUGCUUUUCCUAGUCUUCUCUGGAGUCAACUCCAGCAACAGCUCAAAGCAAUUCAUCAACAUGUGCUGUGCAAGCACAGAUACACAGCAUGAAGCUUCCCAAGUAUCUGAUUCUCUCUCUACUUCACUGUCUGAUCAUCACCUCAACCCUUUCCAAAUGCCCACAAUCCUACCCUUGCCGAAACCUUACCUUGAAAUUCCCAUUCACCGACAUUCGGAACCCCGAAUGCGGAUUGUUCAUGGUUGAUGGCUGCAAUUCUACACAUGGACUUCCCAGAAUUCAACUAGAAGCUCAAGGCCUUCGUUAUGAUCUGCUUCAGCUUUCGGAGAAUAACAUGUCUGUUCGCUACUCUCAGCUGCAAAAGCUCUUCAAGGAGGGGACUUAUUUCCUUCUCAGACUCCCUAAAUAUCCUUUUUCUUCACUCACAAUUGCCUCGCCUCAUAUCAACUUGUUAUCAUGUAACAACCCCCAUUUUGGAGGAAAUCCAUGCAAUUGUUCCCAAAUACCCCUCAAUCUGUUCUGUGUCAAUCUCACUGCUCCAAAGGAAACUCGCGAUUCUUCAGAAUGUUCAAUGAUUCAAGUACCUAUAAAUACGGAGCCCAAUCAAUGUUCAAAAAUCCACUUAAAUCAGUUAAAUCCAGAGUUUACACUAGAGUUUAAUGUCUCUCAUGAUUGUUAUCAAUGUCACCGUCGCGGAGGGCAGUGUUUUAGAAACUGGAUAAACGACUUCUACUGCAAGGAAGGCAGUAGUAGGUUGGUGCUGAUACUAGCCAUAUCUGGAGGUGGACUAUUGUUUAUUCUAUGCUUGUUGAUCUCCUACAUGAUCUGGCUGUUGAAGAAAAGGGUCGGUACGGGCUACAUUCGUUCCUCUAACAUAUCCUUCGACACCUCAAAAUCGGACAUCAAUGGUGGGAGCUCUUUCUUUGGCAUCCCUAUCUUCCCAUACACAGAGCUUGAAGCAGCCACCAACAACUUCGAUCCUUCUAGAGAACUCGGAGAUGGAGGUUUUGGGACAGUAUACUAUGGCAAGCUACUAGAUGGAAGAGAAGUCGCAAUAAAGCGUCUCUACGAGCAGAACUGCAGAAGAGUGGAGCAGUUCAUGAAUGAGAUCGAGAUUCUUACCGGUUUAAGGCACCCGAAUCUUGUCUGUCUGUAUGGCUGCACUUCUAGGAGAAGCAGGGAGCUUCUCCUCGUGUAUGAGUAUGUCUCCAAUGGCACUGUAGCUGAUCAUCUACACGGUGAGAGAGCCGAGGCAGCACCCCUCACAUGGCCUAUUAGGAUGAGGAUUGCCAUAGAAACUGCAACCGCGCUGGCUUAUCUCCACAAGUCGGACAUAAUACACCGUGAUGUCAAGACGGACAACAUAUUACUUGAUGAAAACUUUCAUGUCAAAGUGGCUGAUUUUGGGCUGUCGAGGCUGUUCCCGUACGAUGCCAGUCAUAUCUCCACUGUCCCCGGAGGGACCCCGGGGUACAUUGACCCCGAGUACCAUAUGUGCUAUCAAGUGACAGACAAGAGCGAUGUCUACAGCUUUGGUGUUGUCCUCGUUGAGCUCAUUUCAUCCAUGCCAGCUGUAGAUGUAAGCAGGCAGAUACAUGAGAUCAACUUGGCUAACUUCGCGCUGACUAGGAUACAGAGGGGUGCGUUUGAUGAACUGGUCGAUCCAUCUCUUGGGUAUAACCUCGAUGCUCAAGUCACCGGGGUGACUACCUCAGUCGCGGAGAUAGCAUUCCGGUGCCUGCAACUCGAGAAGGAGAUGAGGCCUUCCAUGGCUGAGGUCUUGGCUUUCCUCAAAGAUAUAUCUAACUGAAAAAUAUAAUGGAGAGGCCACUUUGGCAAGUAAUGUUUAUGGUGUGAGAAGAAUAGGGUAGGAAUGUAUAUAAAUGAGAAAGAAUCACUGUAAUAAUUUUACUUCUCGUCUGUUAAAUGUACUUGGGUUGUAAUAAUUUUGGAAUACAAUUUUUUAGUAAAGGGAUUUCUGAUAUAGAAA